AUGACAUCCUCCGAUCAACGUCCAGUAAGCGUUCUAUUCGUCUGCCUAGGAAACAUCUGCCGGUCGCCAAUGGCCGAAGGUGUCUUCCGAAACCUAGCUGACUCGCACCCCGCCAUCGGCGAGAUCGACUCCGCCGGCACAGGCGCCUACCAUAGCCUGGAGCCCCCCGACUCCCGCACAAUGUCCACCCUAAGCCGACACAACAUCACCAAUUACUCCCAUGCCGCUCGCAAGGUCACAAAGGCCGAUUUCCUUCACUUUGACUACCUGUUAGCAAUGGAUAAGAGCAAUUUGCGGGACCUGUUGGAUCUCCAGGAGUCGGUGAUUAUGUCGUUGCAGCGGAAGACGAAUGCCAAGUCGGGCGCGAAGGUUACGCGGUCGGCGACGGAGGCUGCGCUUGUGGAGGAGGGUGCGAAGGCUCAGGUUGCGGAUGUGAGGCUUUUUGGUGACUUUAAGCCUGGUGGUGUGUUGCAUCAGCGUGUGGGUGGGGGUGAGGUUGUGAAGGAUCCGUACUAUGGUGGUGCGAAUGGGUUUGAGGAGGUUUAUCAGCAGGUUGUGCGAUUCUCGCAGAGCUUCUUGGACCAUGUGGUUAGUUCGGAGUAG